CUGGCAUCUUGUCUCCUACGAGAUCACAAACAAUUCCGUCUACUUCCGUUUGGAGUCCAGCAUUUAUGAUGAUAUUGAACUGUUAAGAUUUAAAUGGCGUAAUUUCGAAGAAAAAUAAUUAAUUCAGCUGUGAUGAACAUAUAAGAAUUAUAACAAGGAAAAUGUCAAACUUUAGUAACACCGUUCUUGCUGAAAUUGAUUGGGAUGAAGGUUUAUCUAUGCCCGUGGCUAAUACUGAAAAUAAAAAGCUUGAAAAUGAGGUAAUUUUAAAUGAAACUGACUGUAACUUCAUGUGCAUAACAAUUAAUGAUAACAUUUUGAAUUAAUGGUUAUUCAUUUAACAAGAAUGUUUAACAAUUAACAUUUCACCAGGAGAAUUGAUUUAUAACUUAGUAGGGAUUUGGACCAUCAACUUCUUUAAAAAGUUAAGAGUAAGAGUAAGAGUGUUAAAAUUAAAAAGCUAGUGUAACUAUAUUUAAUAUAUAAUAUAGGCAUAUAUUAUAAUAUUAUAACAAUAUAUAUGCCAUAAGCCUAUAAUUAUUAUAUAUUCUUUUCAUAAGAUCCAGGUAUAAAAAUCCCACAAACUUAUGUCCUAAAUGUAAAUGUAUUCCUAAACCUAACCUGAACCCUAAAAUGUAUCCCUAAACCUAACCUGAACCCUAAAAUGUAUCCCUAAACCUAACUUGGACCCUAAAUGUAUCCCUAAACCUAACCUGAACCCGAAUUCACGGAAACUUUAAUAAACAUGCAAAUGAUGUCAGGGUAAAAAUUUUCUUUUAGAAUCAGUAGGCCUAUAGUAUAAGUUUUUUAAAAAAGAAUGUAUAAUGUAUGUAGCAUGUCAUUUUAUGCUAACCUGAAUGACCUAACACUUAAUUUAUGACAAAUAUCAAAUUUAUUUUCUUAGGUUCAGCAAAAACAGACUCAAGUUGUUGUCUGCCAGAAUGAACUGUCGGAACAUGAUGACCGCAUCCGAGCUAUGUUGGAACAUCUCAAGAAUGUCCGCCAAGAACUUCAGCAUACACAAGUGAGAAAAUUAUAGCCUACUUUCAUAAUAAUUUAUAGGCUUACAAAUGGGAGGAUGGGGAAGCCAGCAGGAGGUGCUCUUGGAAACUCAUCUAUAAAUGUAUAAAAUGUAAAAAUUGAAAAGAUAAUUAUAAUAAUAUUAUUAUCUAUGUGGUGGGCAGCAGAUAGCUUGAAGUAUUUACUCCCUACUUUAAUUUAUAUAAUUUCAUGAUUGUUAUUUCUGAGGUAUAAAGUAAAACAAAAAACCAAAUGUAUGUAUUUAGAUUAAGAGACACAUACAAUUUGUGUAAAUAAAACAAUAUAUGUUAAGCUUUAAUUAUGAUUAGUUAAAAAAACAAAAAAAUCAAUCGUUUUGACUAAUGCCUUCAUCAACAAAAGACAUUAAUAUAAUUAUAAAUUAAAAUUACAUCAUAAUCAUAUAUGUAUAUCUUCAUCAUCAUCAUCAUCGCCUGUCGUCCCGUCUGGGGCAUAGGCCACAAACAAAGGCUCUCCAGGCAUCCCGGUCUUGGGCAAGUCUCUCCAACUGUCCCCAGUUGUGCCCACUCUUUUUGAUGUCUGCCUCCAGUUCCCUUCUCCAAGUUGUUUUGGGUCGACCUCUUUUUCUCUUACCCUGAUGUAUAUCUUACCUCUACCUAAAAAAGGAAAUUAGAGAAAAGAAUAAGGAUAGGCACAAGUCCCUAACGAGAACAAAGAUAAGAAAAAUGGAAAGAAUAUUUAUUUGAGUUAAUUUGAAUUUUUCUUAAAAUUUAGGCCCUGGUUGCCGCAAGACAAAAGGAAGCAGAAACUGAGGAGCAUCUCCUUAGGAUAGCAGAAAGAGAGGAAGGCAGGCUCAAACAAGAAGUUGUCCGACUCAAUAAAGAAAAAGAUGAGCUCAAAGAAAAAAAGAACACUUAUGAGGUUUUGACUCAAUUUCUAAUGAUAAAUUUAAAAAAAUAAUUUUAAUACAUUUUUUUUGUGUGUAUUUGGAUUGUUUCCUCAUCACAAGUGCUAAUGAAAAUUAAUCUGAGUUUUUUUCCUAAACAGUUGUUUUAAGUUUUUUAUCCUGAAGUCAGUUAAUUAAAUGCUUUGUAAUUACAUUUUGUUUAAAAAGUUAAAAUUAAAAUUCAGAUCACAAUGAUCAAAACCUACCUCUUAAAACAGCUUGCUUCUCUUUUAAUUUAAAAAGAAUCAGCUUUUUUUUCAAAAAAAAAAGCAACCAAUCUUUAACCCUAAUUGUAAAUUAACAUAAACAUUACCUUCUUUUUUUAGAACAAUGUUUUCAAGCAAACGCAAAAACUGGAAGAACUUAAAUCUCAAAUGAACUGGGACCAACAAGCUCUCGAGGCUUGGCUUGAGGAAUCUGCCCGCAAAGAUGAGGAUGCUAUGACUAUUCAGAAGUAUACCAGACAAGAUGAGAGUAAAAUCAAGGUAUAGAUGACAAAAGUAAUAUCUGAAGUUUGAAAACGGCUGUGUUUACAAUGGAGCCAUGUUUUUAGGUUAUGUUAAACACAUGAAAAUAUAUAUAUAUAUUUUUAAAGGUGAUAGACUCAAAAAAAUUGUACCACUCAAGUAUUAUUAUUAUCUUGUUAUGAUUUUUUAAAACCUUGAUCCACUAACAGGAGCUAUCACUGCGCAUGGAAAAACUUAUGAACAAAGCUCAAAAGAAACGGAGCCAUCUGCAUAAUGAGAUGACUAACACUACAUCUGCUCAAGUAAGCCUUUAUUAAUUGUUUCUUCUUUACUAAAAGUGUUUCUAAAUGUGUUUAAAUAACUAGGGUCAAAUAUGCCAUUGUUAAUUUUGGGAUUCAUUGAAAGGAAAAAAAAUUUACAUGACAAAUUGCAUACUUGACCACUAUCGGGAUUUUGCCACUGUUUAGCUGGUCAGUUUUUAAACUUGACCACUGUUAAACUGGUCUGCCUUUUAAACUGGACUGCCGUUAAACUGUACCACCGUUAAACUAGACUUCUGUUUAGCUAUACCACUCUGGAACUUAAUUUUCAUGACUUGAUGCCUACUAAAACUACAUUACCCAUUCCCUUAAUCUCCCUCACUGUCUUGAUGAUUUCUUUCCCUGUCCCAGAUCGAACUAGACAAGAUUGCAGAGGACUUCAGGAAAGCUCACGUAGAGAGGGAGCAGCUUCUGUCUCAGUGGGAGAGCACAAUUGAGCAGAUGCAGAAGAGGGACAGAGACAUGGACAUUUUAGCAUCUGUAAGUUAUUUUCAUGUUUCAUGUUUUGACCCAUGGGUUGCCGUCAUGUCAUGUUUUGACCCAUGGGUUGCCAUCAUGUCAUGUUUUGACCCAUGGGUUGCCGUCAUGUCAUGUUUUGACCACUGGGUUGCCAUCAUGUCAUGUUUUGACCCAUGGAUUGCCGUCAUGUUCAUGUCUUGACCUAUGGGUUACCGACAUGUCAUGUUUUGACCCAUGGGUUGCCGUCAUGUCAUGUUUUGACCCAUGGGUUGCCAUCAUGUCAUGUUUUGACCCAUGCGCUCAUGUGUUGACCCGUGGAUUGCCGUUAGGUUCAUGUCUUGACCUAUGGGUUACCGACAUGUCAUGUUUUGACCCAUGGGUUGCCGUCAUGUCAUGUUUUGACCCAUGGGUUGCCAUCAUGUCAUGUUUUGACCCAUGGGCUACCAUCAUGUCAUGUUUUGACCCAUGGGUUACCAUCAUGUCAUGUUUUGACCCAUGGGCUACCAAUACCAUCAUGUCAUGUUUUGAUCCAUGGGCUACCAUCAUGUCAUGUUUUGAUCCAUGGGCUACCAUCAUGUCAUGUUUUGACCCAUGGGCUACCAUCAUGUUAUGUUUUGACCCAUGGGCUACCAUCAUGUCAUGUUUCGACCCAAGGGCUACCAUCAUGUCAUGUUUUGACCCAUGGGUUACCAUCAUGUCAUCUUGUGACCGAUGGGCUACCAUCAUGUCAUGUUUUGACCCAUGGGCUACCAUCAUGUUAUGUUUUGACCCAAGGGCUACCAUCAUGUCAUGUUUUGACCUAUGAGUUACCAUCAUCAAGUAGUUUUAUUUGACUUGUCAAGAGUACAACUGAUGUCACCACUAAAUGUUGGACAGAAAAAUUUGGCCAGGGUCAUGCACCAAUCCAAGGAAGGGCAAAAGGAGACACUGAAAGAUUUUAGAUUGAAAGGGAUGAAGAAAGUAUUGGAGAAAAGAGGGUGCACUUGGGAGGUAUAAAAUGACUUGGUCACUUGGAUACAAAAAAACGUAGUAUUCUGCUACAUGAAAGAAUGUAGGUAGUUGCGCCAAAGUGGAAGAUAGCAUAAAAUGCUGUCUUUGAACAAUCUUUAUUUAUUCUUGGUUAAUAUGAUAUUGUUGACAUAGAUAUAAAGUCCAAAUCUUACCCUUAGACAUAAUUGUGAAGUCCAAAUCUUUACCCUUAGACAUAAUUGUGAAGUCCAAAUAUUUACCCGCAGGCCUAAAUUGUAAUGUCCGAGUCUUACCUUUAUACCUAAUUGUAAUGUCUAAAUGUUUACUUUUACUUCCCAGAAAUUAGCUACAAUAAAACAGGACACUCGUCGACAUGAAGAAAUGAUCAGUGAAAAACGUCAGUUCUUGGAGCAGGAAAUUGAGAACAAUGUAGAACAGGAGAAGAAAAUAUCUGUAGCUGAGAGGAUAAGUGCCCGAACCAGACACGAGUUGCAGGAGCUGGAACUCAAGAAACAACAGUUUGAGAAUGAGGUGAGUGCCUUGGGGAGUCUGUGCCCAGUGUGGUUAAGAUAAUAUGUUACUUUUGCUCUUACACAGGAUAGUGGGUCUAAUAGGUUGAUGGCCCUGAGAGAUAGUUGGUUUGACAGGCUGGUGGAUCUGAGAUAGUCUUAGGUUUGACAGAGUGGUGAAUCUGAGAUAGUCUUUGGUUUUAUAGGGUGGUGGAUCUGAGGUAGUCUUUGGUUUUGACAGGUUGGUGGAGCUGAGUGGUUAGACAGGUGGUGGAUCUGAGAUAGUCUUUGAUUUGAAAGCAUGGUGGAUCUGAGAUAUUCUUUACUUUGACAUUGUUGGAUCUGAGAUAGUCUUAGGUUUUGACAGGUUGGUGGAGCUGAGUGAUUUGACAGGUUGGUGGAUUUAGGAAUGUUUGUUUUGACAGUGUGGUUGAUCUGAGUUAGUCUUAGGUUUAAUAGGGUGGUGGAUCCAAGAUAGUCUUUGGUUUGACAGGGUGACAAGUCUUGAGUAAAAAUACCCACAGGGCAGUGUUUCACCUUCCGAUUUAAAAAUUUUUAACUUAAGAUUUCAUAUUCCAAAAUUUGAUCUAUGGUCAACACAAAGUAUCUUAAAGUAAUUGAAAUGUUAUUUGUUUAUCAUAAUCCAGCUUUCUACACUGAAACGUACUGUGGACAGAACUGCACUGGACUUGGAAGUUAGCCGUACAGCAGUGAACCAUUUAAAGAAAGAAGCUGUGGACAAGAAUAAUAAGUACUUAUUCACUGAUCACAUAAUGCCAUUAGUUGAAAAUCUGAUAAAAAUUAUAAAGAUGCAUACAGUAAAUAAUAAUCUGAAAAGAAAAUUGAACAGAAUAAGGGAUGGUUGCCGAAGAUAAUAAAAGUAAUUAAUUGAUGGAAAAAACAUGAAGAAAUAAUUGUGUAAUUGUUACUGUUGAUGCUCGUUCUAUAGUCCAUAAGCAGACCCCUUUAGUUUUGGACAGCAAAAACCCUGAAAAUUGUACAAGCCUGCGGACAAGCCGACCCCAUAAAAUAAUAGUCUAUUGUAAGCAAUACUGUACCAAAAAAUAUCUAGGAUGAGUUUAUGCUGGUGCUAGAAACAACUGAAUAGUGGCGCCAUCUACUUCCAGGAUCUUUGUUUUUUCAUGCUUCUGGUAACAUAUCUGAAUCUUGUAGAGCAUAUGUAGACAAGGACUUCUGGGAUCCACAAGAAAAAUGUCAUUAAUCAAUGUAACUGGAGAAAAUUUGAAUAGUCUCCUAUGACCCGCUCAUUAGGCGACAGCUUCACUUAUUCCCCUGUAAUAUUUUUUUUUUUAAAUGCCUGAGAACGAGUAUAUAUGGUAAUCUGAAUGCAAACAGAGCGCUACUUAUUAUUUACUUCCAAAUAAGUUUUGAAUUAGAUUAAUUGACAUCAUAAACAACUAGUAAUAUUUUGUAAAAUUUUCCUGUAAAAUUUAUUAUUUUCUCAUUAAUCCCAUCUUGAUGAUAUCAAAUAUUCCUACAGGCUCACCCAGACAACGUCCACACGGCUGAUGUUAGUGGAGACUCUAAAACAGGCAGUGGAGGCAACUCUAAGUGCAGAGGACCAGGCCACGAAGAUGGAGCAGAUCUUGAAUUUGGAAGAGAAAAGACAAGAACAGAUGAGAUUUGACCUGAAGUUCCUGGAAGAAGUUCUGUACCGUAAGGGGAAAGAGCUGAACGAAGCUAAAGCUGUGGAGAAGAUGACUGAGGCUUCAAUCAAUGUGAGCUGUGAAUUCUGUUUGUUCAUUUCCUAUCUUGAUUUAAGAUAAAAUAAGAUAAGAUAAGUUACACUAAUAAAAGAUAAGACAUAAUACAUUAAGAUAAGAUAAACUUAGAUAAGAUACACUUAGAUAAGAUUCAAAUAAAUGGACAUGUUUUUUUAAAUAUCAAGUUAAAUAUUUAAUAUAAUAUUCUUACAAAGACAAACAUUUUAAAACUAGAACAAUUUAAACACAAGACAUCUAAAGUAAUUCUCAAGUGCUAAAAUCAGCCAUCAUAUGGGCCUAAUACUUUAUAUCAUCAUCUUAUUUUAUUUUUUAUUAUGCUCUAUAUUCUCUAUGUGUUGUUUUUUUUUUCAAUUUUUUUCCUGUAUUAAACUGUUACAAACUUUUCCAGGGGGCACAAAAUGCCAUCAAGAAUCUGAACAGUAAGAUUCACCGCCUGGACUCCGAUGCCCUGAAACAACAAGAGAUUCUUUACAGCCAGGUUAGAGGCUAAGUCAUCUCAUUGAGGGAGCAAUUUUAUCAUCAGUAAUGGUGGUGUUUAAGGGCGGGGUGGGGGGGGGCUUAAGGGGGGUGGGUAUACAACGACGACAUUUGUUAUACAUAAACACCAUAAACAAUUGAAGAUAAUAUGAGACAAAGGGAUGCUUGGGGGGUUCUCAAACUUUUGUGUUAUUUUAUUAACAUUAUACUUCAUUUCUAUUAGCUGAAACAGUAAUAAAUAGUUUCAUACCCGCUAAUACUCAUAGCUGAAACAGUAAUAAAUAGUUUCAUACCCGCUAAUGCUAAUAGCUCACUACAUGCACACUAGCACUAAGAGCUCAAACAUUUACAAAUAGUUGAAAAAUAAACACAUUUCAACUGAAAGAUUUCAACUGCCCUCAGCUCCUUCGUGGAAUUAAUGAGAGGAAAAAAAAAAAGAAGAGUUGUCCUUGUUUGAAAAUCUCAAGAACAAUUAUUUGUUAAGCAUCUGGCAAAUAUUUCAUCCCAUAAUCUGAUUGAUCACGCCGCCAUUCUCCCCUCCUCCCCAGGACUUUAACCUGCAGCAACUGGAGCGGCGUGUGAUCCGCAUGCAGGGCGAGCACAACACUGAGCAGAAGACAAUACUGGAGGCCAAGUGUAAACAACUAAUUGUCGACCUGGACAGUGAGAACCAGACAUACAACAUGAUCAGUACACAACUGAAACGUCUUCAGGUAAACUGAUAUGUCUUCAGGUAAACUGAUAUGUCUCCAGGUAAACUAAAUGUCUCCAGGUAAAUUGAUAUGUCCCCAGGUGAACUAAAAUGUCUAUGGGUAGACUAAAAUGUCUUCGGGUAAACUAAAAUGUCUUCAGGUAACUAAAAUGUCUUCAGGUAAAUUGAUAUGGGUAUUUAACAGUUGACAUAGAUAAAAGUGUACGUGGUUAUGCACUCCUUCUGUCAUAUGUUGGUUCAUAUCUUUACUCUUCAAUUCAAAUACUUUCAUGGAGUUAUAUGCUUAUUUUAUCCUUUAUCGCCUUAUCGUUAAACAAUUUAAUGUAGCGAUUAAAGGCUCACACAGUCUUGGGUUUCCAGAUAGGCAGAGUAGGCAGGGUCCUAGUGUGGCAAGGCAGAGGAGGCAGGGUCCUAGUGUGACAAGGCAGAAUAGGCAGGGGCAUAGUGUGACAAGGCAGAAUAGGCAGGGUCCUAGUGUGACAGAUUACAAAGUUGGGGUGGGGUGUCUUUUUUCUUUAUUUUUAAACCUGACAAGUCAACCUACACAAUAGUUACUGAACAUAAACAUGAGCCUAAUCAAAUCUCACUAAACUGUCUUGGCGCAGCAAAAAGUUAGUCAUAGUAGCUUACACCUCACUUAAACAAACAAUUUUUUUUUUUUUAAAUGGUACUGAGCUUAUCAAAUAAUAAUAUGAUUGUAGUUGUAAUAGGAUGAUGUUGUUUUAUGUUGUGACAGGAGGAUAUUUUUAAGGUUGUUUCAUGAUGAUAUUUUUGUUUGUUCUAACAUAUCCUAAUUGUUGUAUGCUGCAAUAUGAUGAUCAUGUAUUUUAUAACAGAGAUAUUGUUGUGUGCUGUGAAAUUAAAAUAUCAUAUGUUGUGACAUGAUCAUUCUGUUGCAUGUUGUGGGAGAAUGUGAUUGCAGUUUGUUGUAACUGAACAUUGUUGUAUGUUGUAACAGGAUGACAUCCGUAGAUCCAAAAGACAGCUGGAGGCCACCAGUGCUGAGAAACAAGAUUUGGACAUCAAAAUAGUGGAGCUGAACCUUUACAAUGACAACUCAGAGGUGGAAUUGAAGAAAGAGACAAAGAACAAGCAGGUAAGUGUCUUUACAUCUAGAAAUAAUGACGGGAUAUGAGAACAGUGGGCCUGUACUCCAACCUGCGUCCAUUUUAGCAGUUCAUUGGCCAAAUAUAAAAAAGAAAUAAGAAAUGUGCCUUCAAAAAGAAAUUACAGAAUCAGAAAUUUUCUUGCCCUGUAGCUCAUCAUACUUUGGGAUUAUAUUUAUUUUUAUUGAAUAUUUGUUAAACAUAUGGUUUACAUAUAUAAAUAUAUAUAUAUAUAUAUAUAUAUAGUCUGCCUCCAAAAAAAAAAAUGCUGGCUCCAUGUAAUACUUUCUGUAACUCUCCUAUGUACUCUACCUUCAAUUUUUUCUUUAUUUUUCCAUUCCCUGCAACUCUCCUUUGUUUAAUUCUCCAAUGAAAUAAAAUUGGGUGUUGAUUUGUUCAAAUGUCAGAAUGCCAUGGUGGAUGAGAAUCUACUGAAACUUGAGAUCCGAAAACUACGGGAUCUGCUCAACUCACGCGCUGAUGAUGUCAUGUCCAUGGAGAAGAGGAAGCUCCAACUUGAUACAGUUAGUGUUUUUUGUGUGUUGCUUUUACAUUUAUUUAACAAUAUAAUUUGUUUAUGGCGUGUUGCAUUGUCCAGAGCUGUGUCUCUCCAGCAAGGAGCAGAGUGAUGAUCAGUCUUAUAGAGCUUGCUGGGAGCUCAUAAAGCAGAAGGAGAUAAUGCAGAAGCUAGACACCAUUUAUCUUUAAGCUAGGGUCUAAAGAUUUUCAAAUGCAGUAAAAAUUAAUUGUUGAAAUGUUAAAAAAAUAAAUGCUCUGCUCUUGAAAAAUAUAAAAUAAAAUUUACUGACACUUGGAAUACACCAGUCAAUAAGAUGACUUUAAAAUUCAUGUUUUCUUGUGUCUUUGAGGCUUACAAAAUUCUCAGAGUAACUUGUUUUACAAAUAAAUAAAGCUUUUCUAACAUAUAUGCAAAAGCCAAAUGGUAAAAUCUUUUAAAGAAAUCUUAUUGUGGAUUUCCAUUCCCAGUUAUAAAUCAAGGUAAAACUAACUCAUGCAUGCCAACCUGUGAGAUUAAAAUUUGUACUGGUACAAAAAGUUUAAAAAAACUGUACAACAUGAACAACUGUAUGGAAAAAAUGUAAAAAGUGUAAUUUAUAACUAAGACGAUGAAUUUGAUAGCAAUUUAGAUGUAGGUAAACAUAAUUCAUUGGAUAAAUAUGCUAGUAUUGCUAGCUGUAGUAAUACAGAUUCCUGUAUUUAAAUUAUCGAAGUAAAACAACGUCAGAACAGAUAUUGACCGAGUUAUUGAAUUUAUUUUACCGUACCAACUUACAACCUCUUUUUUCACUAUACAUGUGGAAAAUGUCAUGGUGAUAGAAGUUUUUUUUUUUAAAAACCCCUAUGGGGCAUGUGGAUAUAAAAGGUUAAUUGGAAGUUCCCAGAUGGAGUAAAAUAAUAAAAACAAAAAUAAUAUAUUAUAUAAUAUAAUAUACUGUACAAUGCUCUGAUUUUUUUGUCUCCAAAUAACAUAUACUUGGGCCAUAUACUAAACAAAAUCCCAACUCCGUUCAGUUUUAGAAAUCAAUAGCGUGUUAAUCUUAGCCAUGCCCUAGUCAUAAAUAGGAAUAAUGACUAAUACUAGUUGUUGACAGUAAUAUUAAAUAUAUUUAAUUACUUAUCAGAAGUUAAAAGAACACUUAACAACUCUGCAGUUUGUGUUAAGAAUUCAAAGAACGGAUAUGUAAUUAUUUGUAUUGAUGGUUUACUACCCAAAAUAGCCACUACAGCACUGUGCCGUCUUAGUAUUAACGAAUGAUAUCAAUGAAACAGCGCUCAGUUUAAAAAUGUAGAUGCCCUGCCAGUCUGCAAUGGGGUCUUUUUGAAUGGACCAAGAGGAUUUAAGCCUCCUGUCAUCCAACGUUGCACCAUUUAUUGCACCGCCAGCUUUGAAGGUGUGUCUUGUGGGAACAUUUUUUUCUUUUCUAAAUCCAGCGGAAAACCAUCCGAAGGCUUGUACGGCCUUACAACUCCACAAACAUGCUUGAAAACUGCACAAAUUGGGGUAAACUGUACAGUUGGCUUGCAUGACUGGUUUAGUUACAGCAAUUUAUCAUCAGCAUCCAAAGUGGUUACAGUUGGCUUGCAUGACUGGUUUAGUUACAGCAAUUUAUCAUCAGCAUCCAAAGUGGUUACAGUGUAAAACGUUUUCCUCUCUGUCAUAUGUUUAAUCAUGUUUGAGAGGUUCAUGUGGAACAUUACUUACUUCUGAAUGCACUUGUUUUAUUUCACUGUUUUUAAAAUUUACACACAAAUAUCAGUCCACUCUUGCAAAGAUGGAGGGAGGUUGUUGUUGAGCCUUCUCGUCCGUGAGGGGCAUCCACCGAUCAUCGUCGGCGUCUGCGGUUCCUCCAAGGGCAUAGGCCACCUACGAGAGACCUCCAGGCAUCUCUAUCCUGGGCCAGCUUCUCCAGGAUCUUCCAUUCAUGGCCAAUUUUCUUGAUGUCUGUCUCCAAUUCUCGGCGCCAAGUGUUUCUUGGACGGCCUCUUUUCCGCUUACCCUGUGGGUUCCAUUUCAGGGCUUGCUUUGUUGUGUUAGAAGCAGGUUUUCUUAGUGUAUGACCAAUCCACCUCCACCGCUUCUGGAGAAUCUCUUCCUCAAUGGGUUUCUGUUUUGUCCGCUGCCACAGUUCCUGGUUGCUGAUUUUGUCUGGCCAGUGAAUUCUGAGAAUCCUUCUUAGACAGUUGUUGAUGAAGGACUGGAUUCUGGUCAGGUUUAUUCUUCCUCAAUGGGUUUCUGUUUUGUCCGCUGCCACAGUUCCUGGUUGCUGAUUUUGUCUGGCCAGUGAAUUCUGAGAAUCCUUCUUAGACAGUUGUUGAUGAAGGACUGGAUUCUGGUCAGGUUUACGGCCGUUGUUCUCCAUGUCUCGGCUCCAUAUAGCAGCACAGGUUUUACCAUAGCGUUAAAAAUCCUUACUUUUAACUUGCUGCCUAAGUUGUUAGAGACCCAAAAGAUGGAGGGAGGCUAACAAUAUAUAAGUUUAAAAUUUUUAAAAUUUGCAAUGAUAAAGCUAUUAAUAAAAAAGAGAAAAUUUUAAAAGUUAUUAAUGUGAAAGUUAUCGUUGCUAAAGUUAUCAGUGUAAAAAGUUAACAAUUUUAAAGUUAACAAUGUCAAACUACGUUACGCAUCUCUUGUCAAGGCCAUGAAGGAGAGACACGAGGAGAUCAAGAUCCACAAGGAGAUGCUGUCUGCACAGAUCAAGGCCACGGAUGAGGAGAGGCAGCAGAUCAGUGCUGAACUACAUGAGAGGAUAUCAAAGAUUGACAAGCUCAAGAAAAGGUCUGGUCAUCUGUCUUACGUUUAAGGUUUUUGUGGGCUCCAUGAUAAAAAUAUUUUAGACAUUUUAACUACAACUUGUUUAGGCCUAUUUAUAACUUUCAUAUGUAAAUGGAUUUAGUUUGUUGUCAUCUCUCUAUAUGAUUUGUUUCCUUUGAGAAUUGACCAACUAACCAACGCAAUGCUUCACAGGUAUGAAAUUUUGAUAGUUUCUAUGUCAGCCCCAGUCGGAGAGGAAGAGAAGUCACAAGCAUAUUAUGUCAUAAAAGCAGCUCAGGAGAAAGAGGAACUACAGGUAAGAAAACAAAAUCAUUACAUCUUGUUAGGUAAGACAAUAAAAUCAUUAGAAAUGAGAAAAUUGUUAUUUUUGAGUUUUAAAACAUUGACACAAUGUUUUAGCUAUAUAUGUUAUAUAAUAUAAAUUUAAAACUCUAAAAUUAUUUAACUAAUUUCUAUAAAAUGAUUUGAUGGAACUAAAAAUGUAACAUAAGCUCUGAGUGUAAAGUUAAAUAAACAAAUUUGUUGUGACUUGCCAGAGAGAGGGAGAUGGGCUCGACGCAAAGAUCAGGAAAGCUGAGAAGGAGAUCCGAGCUUUGGAGAACACGUUGAAACUGAUGAACGGACGAAAUGAACAAUACAGGAAGAGCUUCAACAAAAUCACGGAAACAAGUGAGGCGGGUUCUUGUUGAAAUCAUUUGUUUCCCAAAGCAAUUUUCAUUGAAGGAAGAACUAAAAACUAGGAUUCUGGUUAAUAAUUUGGAAAAUAACUAUGUGUUUGUUUUGAAGUUUUAAAAAAUCGUUUAGAUCAUUUUUGUUGGUUGAUUUAUACUGAUCUCAUUGUUGCACUUGGAUAAUUCUUUUGUUUGCAUCAUACCAAAGGUGACGAGAUGGAUGAGAAAAGACAGCUGGACGAACAGAUGAGAGCAGUGAUGGAUAAAUACAAGUAUAAGCGACGACAGAUACGAGAGCUGCAGGACGACUUGCAUGUAAUAAGUAGUCUCCCCUUGAUAUUUUACCACUAAACUUGUAUUUGUGGGUGAAAUCUCAAAAUACUCCUUUAUACAUAUAUCUGUGUCAUUUUGACCACUGGUCAGUUCCCAUCUGUUUGACUUUUUCAGACCAUGAGUAUGACACUGGACACUUUGACAAGGGAUGAAGACGCUUAUGUGGCUAUGAUUGAAGACAAGAAGGUAAGAGGUAUUGUCUUACAAAAAUAUGCAGGUUAUUAAAUUUGAUUCCUAUGAUUAACUACAUUAUGUCUUAUCUUGGUAUGGCUGUGUUCCGAAUGGGUGGGUACUACUAUUACUAUAUGAUGUAUAAGUUAGUGCACCUGUGCAAUAGCUGGCUUGGUAUGGCACUACGAAGGUUAGGUUAGCAUGGCUGUGUACUGGGUACUACUAUAUGCUGAGUAAGGUAAUACAAAGUUGUGAUAGCUAGGUUGGUAUGGCUGUGUGCUAGCUAGGUUGGUAUGGCUGCGUGCUAGCUAUGUUGAUAUGGCUGUGUGCUGGCUAGGUUGGUAUGGCUGUGUGCUUUCUAGGUUGGUAUGGCAAUGUGAAUGUGAUGGCUAGGUUAUUAUGGCUGAGUGAUAGCUAGGUUAAUAUGGCAAUGUGAUGACUAGGUUAGUAUGGCUGUGUGAUAGUGAUAGCUAGGUUAAUAUGGCAAUGUUAUGACUAGGUUAUUAUGGCUGUGUUAUAGCUAGGUUAAUAUGGCAGUUAUGACUAGGUUAUUAUGGUUGUGUGAUAGCUAGGUUGGUAUUGCUGUUCGCUCAGUGACUGGGUAAUGGUUUACGCUGGCUAGUUUGUAUCUAGACUAGCCAGUCCCACAUGACUGGAACUUACAAUAGCUUGUUUUUUUUAUUCCAGAACAAAAUCAAUCAGUUAAAUAAAGAGAUUGAAGAUCAGAGAGCUAAGCUUGAACGAGUAGCAAAACAGGUUAGAAUGAAACAACACAUUUUUUUUUUAUUCUUGCGCUCCACAAACAUUUUUUAUUUAUUUUAAAGUUAAAAAAAAAAUUAAAUUCCAUGUUCAUUAUUUUACUUUUCUUUAAAUAAUUUAAAAAGAAGAAUUUAAGAUUCCUUUACACAUAUGUAUAAUGUAUAUAUAGAGAUGUUAUAUUUGUAUCUACUUAUUAGAAUAUCCGACUGUCAAAGGAAGUGAGAGCUGCCAAGAGAGCCAAAGAGGAACUGCCUGAAGAGGUGGGAGAGCUUUUUUGUCUGGAAAAGAUUCCAAUUUUAAAUUUCUAACUGUAUCUUGUGAUCAAUCUGUUCCUAUGGCUUAGGUUGCUGUUUCUGUAUGUGUGUGGGGGGUGGAAGAAUGGUGGGUGUCUGAAUUUAUUACUGAAUGCGGAGCGUGUUUUAAAACAUAGUAUUUUUAAUCUGCAAUUACUUAACUAUUUUAUUUAUUUGAAAAAAAAUUGUACUCUGUAUAAGAGAAAAAUCUUUAUGAUAUAUGUGACUAUUGAGUUAUCUUUCAGUUAUUACCAUGAUCGUGUACCUGCAUGGAGUUAGGUAGCCAAGAGUGUGCUGAAAGUCAUGCUACAAGAUCAAACUCCACAUUGUGGCAUCAUACAGGAGUUUUCAUUCAUUUCAGAUUUUUUACAAAUUAACUGAAUGACAUUACUCAAAAUUUGAUUUCCUUUGACAUUUUAUCUCAAUGAAAACUGUAAACCGGGGUAUCUGUCUUCUGCUCCACAGAAAGACUUUGUUGUGCGGGAACUGCGAGAGUUCAACAAGACAGUCAUGAAAAUGGUUGGUGAGGCGGCCUCGGCUUACCCGGAGAUACAGGAAGCUGUUUCUUUGUAUUUCUCUCAGGUAUCUUAUUAAAAACUUAUUUAUAGGACUUGAGCAGUUUGUAUCCAAUAAAUAGUGAUAAUUGAUCUCAAACAGGAUUUCAGACUACUUUUCAGUUCAGAAUAAAAUGAAGUUUUGAAGAUUCUUUUCAUUGCUGGUCCCUUCAAGUUCAAUUCUCCCAUGACUGGUGAAAUUUGAAAUUGUCUCCCAUGAUUAUUGAAAUCAUUAUCUCAUAUGCCUGUUCAAAAUUAAAAUUACUGUCUCUCUUUAGUAUUGAAGUAAUUAUCUUCUUUGUGCUUUUAAUUUUUUUUUUCCUUUCAUAAAAUUAAAAAAAAAAAAUGCUUGCUGCAUGCAUUUUGAAAGCGAGCUUUUUAAUAGAAUCUCUUUGUCUCAGGCCAACAUUCCCAUUGGUCAUCACGGUAGUGCCUCAGGAAGUGCCCGCAGUAGUCUGAGCAGUGUACGAAGCAAUAGUUCAACAGCACGUAGUGCUCCAACUGUAAACAUUGGUUUUGAUGGUGAGUUCUUUCAUUAUUUUUUGUUGGCUUGCAUCCUAAAUGCCAUUCAAAGUUGAAGAAGAUAGCAAAUAUAUCUCAUUUUCAUGGUGUCGGAAUUGAAAAUAUCACGAAUUUUAAAUUAUUCUUUGUUACAUGAUCAUGUGGCUAUUGAAAUGUGGAGCUAAAAGGAAGCUUUGUUAGACAGCAUUCAUAUUAUUUUUGGUUAACAUGAAUUAGUCAACUGUAAUGCUUUCAUUUUGCUUUAUAUUUUAGUGUGAAUUCCGAAGAAAAAGAAAAAAAAUAUUCUCUUGUACAGAGACUUAGACUGGCCCAUCACACCAGAUUUGGCUUUAGUAAAUUAGAAAACUCAAUACCAUAAAUUAAUAUUUAUUGGUAAAGCUAAAAGGUUUUCUGUAGUGUAUAUCCAAGGGAGAUAAUUUUUCAAUUCAAUUUCAAGGUAAGGUUGCAUAGCCUUUGGGGGCCUGUUUUGUAUUUCUACAAACAAAGCUGGGAUCUGAUAAAAGCUUACAUUGACAAAUUAAUUUCUUUUUUUCCAGCCGGCAGCACAGCCCACAGCUCAAUGUCCAGCAUAAAGAGCUCAAGAAGCACCAAAAGUCGAUCAUCUCGUUAAAAUGUCAGAACUUUAGCUUGCCAGUAAGCAGACAACCGUUUGUUUAAAAAGGGGGUUGGGGGAGGGGAAGAAGUGAAUUUUGUUUAGAGGCUAGCAAUGGAUUUGACAACUAGGGAUCAAAGUACGGUAUUGAUGGUAUUUUAAUUUAAUUUCAAAAUUAUGAGGUAGUAACACAUUGACCCGAUUAAAGCUAUUAAUGACUUUUCACAAAGGAUGUCCGUGGCUACAAUUGUUAAAUGGCCUGGUAUUCAGUCUAAGCAUUAAAAAAAAUAAUAUGUAGUUUACAUUUGAAGAUGAUAAGCUUUGAUUGUCCCUUAAGGAGUUUUGUGGUAACAUUAAAUGUGAUAAUUUAUUUUAUGACGAUGGCUGACAGAAAAUUGAAUCGCUCGCGUGUAGCCCAAGCCAUUAAAACUUUACUGAGGACGUAGGGGAAGCUAAAUGUGGAUGGAGCCUAGCGAUACCUAGUGUGGAUAUUGUUAAGAUAUUGUUUAUUUCUCUGUGUCUUUUCACCUGAUGUUUUUAGAGAAAGUAAUAAUUUUAUAUCAAUAAAUAACUAUUUCGGCUGUGAAAUUUACUUAAUUUAAAAAAAAAAAAACUUUAAUUAUGUUAAAACAUCCCAACUACACAUUCUGUCCAAAUGAGAAAAUAAGGGAUUUUUAUUAAUAUUUGUUUUAUUAUCAUUUUGUUUGCAACAAUUUAGAAUGUUAUCUGUUAAAAUUAAUUACUUUUCUGAAUCAACACUUUUGUUAUCAAGUUGUAAUCAUUCACUAACCAUAUAUUUCUUGACACAUCAUUAACUUUUGAAAAAAAUAAAUAAGUGCCAAUUAUUCAAUUCAGCAGUGGAUUUUCUUUUCACUAUUGGACAUUUAAAUUUAAAAAAUGGAAUAAAAAAAAAUUGUUAAAUUUAAAUGUGUUAUUCUAGAAGAGGUAACAGUUAAUUAAAAGUUCAGGAUUUAAAUUUAUUUCCUCUGUGUCAUUAUGUUAAUUAAAAUUAAAAGAAAUCCAUUUCAUUGUUUAUUUUUCCAUCCAUCAUUUAUAUUUUAGUAACUGGUGUGUACAUGCUCCCAAUCUGAGUAAUAUUUUUUUUUUGUUGGUUUAUCAGAAAAAAUAAAAAAACUGGAAACACUAUCAGAUUUUUGUGAAUUAUUGCUCAACAUCAUGUUAAAAAAAUGCUUUAUUGUUGGAAGGAAGGCUAUUGAGUGGCUAUUAUUAUAGGCUAUGUUAAAUAUUUAUUUUAAUAGGGGAAAAUAAAAAUAAUUUGUAUAGAGAUGAUUUUUUGAAAUUGCUGAAUCCCAUCAACCACUUUUGAAGUGUAUAUUUUUAACACAAUCAACGACAUUACAUUAAGACAUAAAAGGUGAAUUAAAAAAAUAUACUGCUUUUUGUUUAUCACACUUAAAUAAAUGUACAAACUGCCAAUUGUUAAAAAAAAUUCAAUUAGCUGUGUCUGAGUCAUAUCUUUCCUGCUUUAUUUAUUGAACACAAAUUAUCAAAUGCUGUGAUGCAAAAUGCUAUUAACUGUAGAACAAAUGCCAUUACUAUUAGUCCAGUAGAGAAAUGAGGGGAAAAGGGGAGGGGGGUUUCCAUCUAAGUCACUAAGAUUAAGAAAGAAGAAGGGGUUUUGUAUGUAAAAUGUGCAUUUUU